GAGACGCCGCGAGGCUUGGGUGCUUCUGCGCGUGCGCGGGCGGCCCUGCGCCUGGCUGUUCGUGGUGGUGGCUGCCUCCACCGAGGCUGGCCUUGGAUUUGGGGCUCGCGCUCUCUUCGUUCGCUUGCCGGCGGGUUCGCUCCCCUUCUCGCGCCCCGGGACGGCGAGGCUGGGGAAGGGGUUGAAAGGGGCUGUUGAUCGCCUCCUUUAACUUGUGCGUGGGGCGGCCAUGUCGGCCGGCGAGGUGGAGCGCCUGGUGGAGUUGAGCAGCGGGACCGGAGGGGAUGAGGAGGAAGAGUGGCUGUAUGGCGGCCCCUGGGACGUGCAUGUGCACAGUGAUUUGACAAAGGAUCUAGAUGAAAAUGAAGUUGAAAGGCCAGAAGAAGAAAAUGCCAGUGCGAAUCCUCCAGCUGGAAUUGAAGAGGAAGCUGCUGAAAAUGGCGUGUCAAAACCGAAAGUGACUGAGACAGAAGAUGAUAGUGACAGUGACAGUGACGAUGAUGAGGAUGAUGUUCAUGUCACUAUAGGAGACAUUAAAACUGGAGCACCACAGUAUGGGAGUUACGGAACAGCGCCAGUAAAUCUUAAUAUCAAGGCAGGGGGAAGAGUGUAUGGAAAUACAGGAACCAAAGUCAAAGGGGUAGACCUUGAUGCACCUGGCAGCAUUAAUGGAGUGCCACUCUUGGAAGUAGAUUUGGAUUCUUUUGAAGAUAAACCAUGGCGGAAACCUGGUGCUGAUCUCUCUGAUUAUUUUAAUUACGGCUUUAAUGAAGAUACUUGGAAAGCUUACUGUGAAAAACAAAAGAGGAUCCGAAUGGGACUUGAAGUUAUACCAGUUACUUCAACAACCAAUAAGAUUACGGCCGAAGACUGUACUAUGGAAGUUACACCAGGUGCAGAGAUCCAAGAUGACAGAUUCAAUCUUUUUAAGGUACAGCAAGGGAGAACUGGAAAUUCAGAGAAAGAAGCAGCGCUUCCAUCUACAAAAGCUGAGUUUACUUCUCCGCCAUCAUUGUUCAAGACGGGCCUGCCACCAAGCAGAAACAGCACCUCUUCUCAGUCUCAGACAAGUACUGCCUCCAGAAAAGCCAGUUCAAGCGUUGGGAAGUGGCAGGAUCGAUAUGGGAGGGCCGAGUCACCUGAUCUAAGGAGAUUGCCCGGUGCAAUUGAUGUCAUUGGUCAAACAAUAACCAUCAGCCGAGUAGAAGGAAGACGGCGGGCAAACGAAAACAGCAAUAUACAGGUCCUUUCUGACAGAUCUGCUACUGAAGUGGACAACAAUUUCAGCAAACCACCUCCAUUUUUCCCGCCAGGGGCUCCUCCUACUCACCUUCCACCGCCUCCAUUUCUUCCACCUCCUCCAACUGUCAGCACUGCUCCUCCUCUGAUCCCACCUCCAGGUAUUCCAAUAACUGUACCACCUCCAGGUUUCCCUCCUCCACCAGGCGCUCCACCUCCAUCUCUUAUACCAACAAUAGAAAGUGGCCAUUCCUCUGGUUAUGACAGCCGUUCUGCGCGGGCGUUUCCAUACGGCAAUGUUGCCUUCCCCCAUCUUACCAGUUCCGCUCCCUCAUGGCCUAGCCUUGUGGACACCACCAAGCAGUGGGACUAUUAUGCACGAAGAGAGAAAGACCGAGAUCGAGACCGAGAGAGAGACAGAGACCGAGAGAGAGACAGAGACCGGGACAGAGAAAGAGAGCGCACCCGAGAGAGGGAGCGAGAGCGGGAUCACAGUCCCACCCCUAGCGUUUUCAACAGUGAUGAGGAGCGGUACAGAUACAGGGAGUAUGCAGAAAGAGGCUAUGAGCGCCAUAGAGCUAGUCGGGAAAAAGAAGAACGACACAGAGAGCGACGUCACAGAGAGAAAGAGGAAACCAGACACAAGUCCUCUCGCAGUAACAGUAGACGCCGCCAUGAAAGUGAAGAAGGGGACAGCCACAGGAGACACAAGCACAAAAAAUCUAAAAGAAGCAAAGAAGGAAAAGAGGCUGGGAGUGAGCCCGUCCCUGAACAGGAGAGUGCUGAAGCUGCCCCUGCUGAAUAGGCUCCACCUUUUGUGUUUGUCAGUCCCAGAAAUAGAUGCUAUAAAUCUCCUUAUUUUUCUGGAUAAUGUUUAAGAAAUAUACCUUUAAUCUUGUUCUGUUAGAAUGAAACGUUAAUUUUUUCUUUUCCAAAAUAAAAAUGUGCAUUUUUGUGUUAAGUUAAAAAUCUUUGUCUUGUAAUAUUUAAAGAAUAAAAGACAGAAAUGACUUUAUAUCCAAGGAAGUCAUGUGAAUGAGUCAGCAGGGGAUUUAGAGCUAAGGUUGGCUGUGUGUACACAGUAUGUAGGUCAAGGACUCACCUUGACUAGCUUUCUAGUUACUGGCAUCCUGUUGUAGAAGAGGUGCUGCAAAGACCGCUCUUCAUCUUACUGCUCCUGCGUCUCAAGAACUUGGGUGCAUUCUUCAUAUCAGUUUUUGAAAGCAGGUUUUCGGUCUUCUAAAUUUGGGUCCAUGGUAACUAAAUGGGCCAUUUUAUAAAGUCGUAGACGGUAGGAGGCAUUUGGGUGGCCCGUGUGAUGUAACUUGUGUACUUUCCAACAGGCACAUGUGGACGGUUGUGACUAGCACAGCCCUGGACCAUUUCAUGGCCAUCUGUUUGAGCCAGCGUCAAGGUGGUUUGGCUGCUGUCAGCGUGUUUUCCAGGGUUCAUUGGUGCAGUAGCCUGUAGGGUGUUUUUUUUAUACCAUUACCGUGUUAAGACUAAAAGUAAGCUCAAUGACAGUAGUGUUAGGUCAGUUAUUUCUUAGUAAAAUCAAAAAUCCAAGCUUAAAAUAUGGACUUAGCCCAGGAGGGAAUGCAGAACAGCAGUGGUGGUGGCUAGGACUUGGUGUGUGAAAGAAUAACUUAGAGCUCAGGGAGGAGGACAGCUCUCAUUUAGAAAAGAUUUAUUUCUCAUUUCAAAUUCUCUGCCAUUAAAUUUAAAUGCCUGUAAUGUGCUCUCCUUUUGAACUCCACAUAUAUCAUAUUUUUAAUUGAUUUGAAUUGUGUCAUAGAAACCAUUUUAGAUUUUUAUUGAAUAGAAAAAUAUAAACUUGAGGUUUGUAGUGAUGAGAUCCUCCGUACUAAAUAAAAACAUCAGUUUUUAUUUUUGAAAACGUUCUCCGAGGUGUAACUUGUUUUCAUAAUAUCAUACUUUUCCCGGCAUUUUUUUAUAAUAUAUUCUUUAAAUAUAAAAAUUGACAAGAUAAAUACAGUUUUACGAAGCCUAUCUGUCAUCUUUUUUCUGUUUUCUAAGAUCCAUCAUUGAUUUUAUAAAAAAGUACCAGGCCAAGAAGCAAUAGUGAGAGUAAUUCUUCCUUUAAGUUCUUUGAGUGUCCUUGCCAAGCAAGCGUGUAUCAUUCCUGACGUACUCCUACCGUUGACAGCGAGAAGAAUGUCACCACAUCUAAAAGAGAAACAGGAUCGUGGUCAAAAUACUUUAUGGUUGAAGUUACUUAUAGUGGACUCGGGUGGUCCUAGUGUUUGUUUGCCGGUAUUUGUCCAUUUUAAUUCUAAUUAGAUCUUUCCCUUCUUCACUUAAAUUCUCCAGGCUCCAUUCAACUUGCAUUAGAGGAUAUAAUAGUACAGGGAAUUGCAAUAUGGGACCAAGGCCAGUUGUAAAUUUUUACUUUGAAUUUUUUGAGAUAGGGUUUCUCUGUGUAACAGCCCUGGUUGACCUGGAACUCGCUUUGUAGACCAGACUGGCCUCGAAUUCUCAGAAAUCUGCCUGCCUCUGCUUCCCAAGUGCUGGGAUUAAAGGCGUGCGCCCACUGCCCAGCACAGUUUUGAAUUUCUUGAAUCUAACUGGCAUAGUCAUGUUUUAAUUUCUUACUCUUCACGAAUGCAUAGUGAAUACUAAUAGUAAAUUUAGUAAAUAGUGUGCUUUCUUUCCAGUGGGGCCAAGUUUUUACAUGUAGAAAACAAAACACUUGAAUAUUAUUUUUGCUAAAUAAUUAUUACCUGAUCCUUCCAUCAUUGUAUGCUGGUGUUCCUUCCACAAUGGAUUUGAUAAAAAAAGGUUUGUUCCCAUUGUAUUCUUCAUAACCUCCUACAAUGCAGAAGCCCAGACUUCCUGCUGUGUUCCUCCUUAGGGUCACAUCUUUACAGUUAUAUAAGUACCUGAAAUAGGAUAGAAUUAGUGUAUACAGUUGAGUUUAUUAGUUGUAACUUCAUCUCUCAUUCAUUUUUUGAAUAUUUUUAAUAAGUGAAAUAGUACCUGUAUAUGUCUCCCUCAGAAAUGACAGUAAUUUUUCAUGCUCUUAGCCAGCUUUUGUAUUUGAUCUCUUUUCCAUAGCUGAACACCCUUUCAACAGAAAUACUUCGUCAUUGUGUCUUUGCUGAGGAAGAUAGUUAUGUAUUGGCCAAGGACACCAUAAUGCAUGGAUUUAUAUGAGCCAUAAGUAUGCCUCGAUACUUCCAAUGAUAAGCCAAAGUGGAGCAUACUGAGGGAAUAUAAUUUUUAUAUACUUGUGGGUUUACAUAAUUCCUAAGGCAAACUUUCUUUGAAUUAGUUAUUUACAAUGAAAUAAUCACAAUGAAAAUAAUUUUAACUUAAUGCUAAUGAACCUCAUUAAGUUUAGAACUUCUCUUGACCCUUGGAAAGUAUUGGUUUAUUCUCACAUAAAGAAGAGUGUAGACAUAAAAUGAGCAGAAAGUGAGGCAGAAAGGGUUGAACAGUUGUGGUAGGAGUAAAAUCAACAAGGCAUAAACUGAAGUGGAAAUUACAAAGUGAGCUGGAGCAGGGAAGACUACAGCUGGCCUAAGAAUCAGUAGAAUCUCAACUAGGAUAGUUGUGGCUGUUAGAGCCAAGUACAAACUGCUGUGUUAGAGAGGUGUGUCUACCAGAUGUGUAUGGUCUAGGAACUGCUUUGACUGAAAGAUAGCAUUUUUAUGUUGGUAGAAAUGAAGAUGUUUUGUUUAUAGACUGUACCUUAAAAUACUCAUUUGCCUUUUGAUAAUCAAUAAAAAUGAUCUUGUGAAAUGUUAA